UUUUACCGGACUCACCUAGCUGAAGGUGCUUGGUCUUUCAUCUACACCAGAUUGCGAGCGGACACACCGUGCUACACAUCCCUUUCAAAUGUUAACCAACCUAGAUCGAACACUAGUUGACAUACCGAUAGCCUUUCAAAUAUAUUCAAACCCCUUCAUUUCUGACUUCUGAUUUGACUGGAUUGACAUACUUUGAUUAUAGAGGUGCCACUGGUAAAAACAUUGUUAAACUUCAAAUCCUUGUGCCAUAUCCGGCUUAUAAAAUCUUAGAGUGAAGAAUAAUAUAACUGUUUAAUAAUCAGUUAUUCCUCCUGUAAGUUUAUUUGCUCAUAUAAAAACGUUAAACAUACAUUCUUUUAUUCUCGUUCCAAUCUAAUGGGCAUAAAACUGAAGUAACAUUCGUCCUGACAUUUUUGCAAUAGAUUUGAAGGUCGUACAGCAGAGGCAAAAUAUGUUUGUACGCUACACACACUAAAGUUGUCUUCACAUCCGCUCCUAGUCUAACUAAAGAACUUAUCGCCAAGAGAUGCCAAUCUACAUGUAUCCAGCUAUCGCUGCUCCCGAAAGGCAUUCUGUUGAUUAUGUUUCUCAGGGUCAACCAGAGGGUUCAAGCAUUCAGCAGGGUUCUGCCGUUGUUCCUGGAGAAAUAGUUUUUUCUUCUGUUGCAAAUCUUAUAACUGGCCAUGGAACUUAUAGAAGUGUAGAUGUUUCAUCUACGGAUAUUGAUGAAGAUUUGUCCUCCACAGUUAAUCCAAACACUUUGGCAUCUGUUAAUGGAGAUCCAGGGAUACAAGCAGGCAAUAUACACACUUCUCUAACUGGGCGUGUUAGGAUAGUUAAUAAACUCGUAUAUGUAGAGCCACCUAAGGCUCGAUACUUCGGUAAUGUUGGAGAUACUGUAGUGGGCCGCAUUGUAGAGGUUGAACAACGUCGCUGGCGUGUUGAUGUCAACUCUGCUCUCCUAGCCAAUCUAGCCUUGGCUAAUGUGAAACUACCUGGUGGCGAACUUCGUCGGAAAUCUGAAGAUGAUGAACGGGCUAUGCGUUCUUUUAUGAAGGAGGGCGACCUUAUUGUCGCUGAAGUUCAUGAAGUUUACAAAGAUGGAACAUUACAGCUUCAUAUGCCGGGUACCAGGACCGGCAAACUGGGAGGUGGUUGUCUUCUGCGUAUUCCUCCUAGUCUUAUUAAACGUCAAAAAAUACAUCGUCAUCGUCUAGCGAUUCCAAGAAUCGAUACACUUGAUGGUCCUAUAACAAUAUCUAAUGAAGUUAUUUCUGUUGGCCUCAUACUUGGCUGUAAUGGAUAUAUUUGGACAGGCCCAGCGAGAGCUAUGGAUAUUGGUCUUGGUUUGUCAGCUCCAGUUGAAGCAGACUUAAAUACAGCUAGUGAAACGGAAUUAUUAGCUGAACGUAUUGCAGUUUCUCGUGUACGUAAUUGCAUUUUAGCUCUCACACAUAAUGGAAUGCCAGUAUGGGAAACAAGUGUUCUUGCUGCAUGUGAAGCUAGUUGGUCAGCUGAUCAACAAAAUGAUGAUGAUGAUGAGUAUCAACUGGAAUUCGAAACUAGUAUCCAUAAUGACCCUUCGGGUAGUAAAGCUCGUAAUCGCAUUGCUCGUCUAUUGCAUCCGGAAGUUGCACGUCGUCUUGUUACGCUUGUUCAAGCAAAAUUAAAAUCUGAUUACUAACUGUACAAAAAUAGAUAAAAAUACCUUGUAAAUAAAAAAAAUUUAUUUUUAUAGCU